AUGGGGCACGAGGAGCUGACGCCGCAGCAGCUCGGGAAGCGGCUUCGGUACCGAAAGGCCAAGCGCGCCGCGCGCCUUCGGUACCUCACCGAGUGCAGCAAUCUGCAAGAGAAAAUUGAGGUCCUCGGUCGGAAGCUCCGGACGUUGCGCGCGUCCAGCGAUUGCCUCCUCACGUGGAAGGACAUUGCCGUGUCACUGGCCGCCGCGACCGAGGAGGGCCUCGCCGAGAAGGAGGCGCUGCACCGCCACCUCGCGCACCAAUCCCGCCUCGCCCGCCACUUGCACGCGUGGGUAGCGUCCAUGACGCCGGCCAAGCUCCCCGCGCAGUCGGUGUUUGCGUGGCGCGACGUCCAUCUCUCGACCGAUGUCGAGCUCCGCACCGUGGGCUACCACUGGAUCGGGCAGCAGAUGCUCCACGCAACGCCUCUGCAUGUCGUGGACAGCGACUUUCCCACGGACCAAGAAGACUGGGUUGCCGCACAGUACACCGUCCAAGGCGGCCGCGUCUACUCCCAGCAAUUCCUUUCCGGCACCAUGAUGGAGGUUGCGACGGCGGCGUGGGCCUUUAGCCAAGCGCUGCCAACGAUCCUCAACGGCCAGCGCGGAGGUGUCUCGAACAUCUACCACCACAAGGUGCGCGGCGCCGAACUCUGCUACAACCGAGAAGCGUUCCCGUGGGCGACCAAUAACGGUUUCUACACGUGCUUUAUCCAAGACGACUGCGUCGUGAUGCACUACCGCACGAUCCGGUACGACGAUGCUUUUCCCGUUGGCGACAAGGGCUUCAAGAUUGACAUUCAAGAAUGGAACGUCAUUCGAGCCGUGUCGCCGACCAAGUGUGUUGUUCGAUCGUCGACCGUGUGCCAGCCCUUCAAGAGCUACACGCAGUUCAAGGACUUUGUCCGAGACGAGCACCCGGACGUGCUCGCAUUGGCCGACGGCGCACACGAGAGCGACCUGCAGCGCCUCGUCGCUGAUAAAUCGUGCCGCAUCAUCCGAGACAUGCACGCACGCGUCCGCAAGAUGCUGCGCAACGUCCAGGAGUCGCCCGACUCGUACCCGACACCCUACUGACUCUGCCACACUAAUACUGCUAACA